AGAUUCGUGAAAGACUAGGCACAGUAUGGCGACAACAGAACAAACUGUGACUGUGCAGAGUGCGGGGGGCACUGAACAAAAUGUAGUCGUUGUUCAACAACCAGCAGCAGUUCCCGACAACCAGCUGAUGGUGACUGAAAUAAAAGGGCAUAGAGAAUGGAGUACAGGCCUGUUUGACGUCUGCUCCGAUGUGACAACAAGCUUACUUGGAUUCUUCUGCCUAAAUUAUCUGAAGUGUACAUUGGCCAGCAGGACCGGUGAGGGGUGCUUGAUGCCUUUCUGUGUUACAGGAGCAAUGAUCAUCACAAGGAGUAGAAUUAGAACCAUGGGAGGAAUCGAGGGUUCCGCUUUCAAGGACUGUAUAGUAACAAAUUUCUGUGAACCAUGUGCAGUGUGCCAAAUGCAUCGAGAACUAUCCAACAUGGGAAUAAACUAGUUUUGAAUAAAGAAGUUAAUUUCUUUCGUACACUUUCAAUAUUUAUCUACAUACAUCAUGACUCUUAUUUUUUCUUAUCGGAUUUUUUAAAAAAAUGAUAUCAAAGUUAUUCUCAAAAUGUUUUUGAUAAUUUGAGAAUAAAAUUUGUACAAUGCAAAUGCAUAAAUCACGCUUUUAAAUAUACGAGUCAUUUUUAUGACCCCUUAAUCGACGAUUCGAGGGUAUAUAGAUUUUUUCCUGUCCGUCAGCCCGUCUAUCUCUCUGUUUGUCUGUUUGUCUCUUUGUCCUCAAACAAAUUUUUAAAAUUAUUGUAUCAUUGUACGAUGUAGUUUGGCUUGCAGGCACUAUAACCAUAACUUUUGAGUGGAAAGGGAUAUGGCUUUAAUAUUUCACAGAUGCAGUCCUUGUGACAAGACAUUGCCUAGAGUCAAAAAAAUAGAAUAUGUAGUGUAAUAUUUUUAAAAUUUAAAACAAAAAAAAUGUCAAAAUAAUCUUUUAUACCAGGCUUCUUCCGUUGAAAAGAAACUCAAAGUAUAGGAAGAAUAAAAAAGAAAGUGAGAAAAUGAAGAUUAACCGGCAGAUAACUGUUAAAUUUAAUCUCAAGCAAUAUCUUUAAUAUCUCAUGUCCGUCCGCUUUUGUUUCUGUAGAAGUUUCAAAUAAAAAAAAUCAAGAUUAAUAUUUUUAUUACAGUACUGACACUUUAAAAAUAUUGUCCUUCAUAUAAUUUUUAAGUAGUUUUAUAUUGCAUUGUCCAUAUACUUUAUUUUAAGAAUUUCAAAAUAAAACGAUUCAAUAAAAUCAUAUACAGUUUCAUUAUUAUAUAAUUAUUAGUUACGUUAUGUUUUCAUCGCAUAUUUGUGCAU